AUGGCCACUGUCGCACCCCAACCCGGAGACUCCUACCGUCCGACGACGCUCGACGCCGGCGCACACGGCACGCUGCGCGGCAUCGAGAUCGUGGGGCCUAACGGCGUCAAAGCCCGCCGCUUCUGCCAGGUUCCCUUUGCGCGCCCUCCCGUCGGCGAGCGGCGCUGGCGCAAGCCAGAGCCUCUGCCCGCCGACUACUCGUGGGCCGAGGUGCGCGGCGAGGAGUUUGGCGCGCUUGCCCCUCAGCCAGAGUAUCAGGUCCGGAACGACAAAGGCGACCUGUAUCCGAUGGGCGUGCCCAACGCCGUGCUCGACGAGGACUGUCUUACCGCCAAUGUGUGGGUGCCGGCCGGCACGCCGCCGAAGGGCGGCUGGCCCACCUGGGUGUUCCUGCACGGCGGGUGGCUGCAGAUCGGCAACCCAGCCAUGACGGACAAGAACGACCCGGCAAACCUCGUCUCGGGGCCCAUGCCCGCGCUCGUCAUCGUCCCGGGAUACCGGCUGGGCUUGUUCGGCUUCCUGGCCGGCAAGGAGGUGCAGGCCGAGAACGAUGACGGGACGGCGGGCAACUUCGGCUUCUGGGACCAGCGCUUGGCGAUCGAGUGGGCGGCCGAGAACGCACACCACUUCGGCGGCAACGGCGCCAACAUCACCAUCGCCGGCCUGUCGGCCGGCGCGUAUAGCGUCCAGAUGCAGCUGGCGUACGAGCUCAACAGCGGUGCAAAGCCACUCAUCUCGCGCGCGAUGAUGUUCUCCAAUGCGCUGCCGGCGCAGUGCAAGACGAUCGAAGAGAGCCAGGCGGGCUUCGACGGCUUGGCUGAGGCCUGCGGCGUCGAUGCCAACCUCAGCGGGGAGGAGAAGAUGGCCGCGCUCCGCAAAGUGCCCAUGCAGGAGCUUGUUGACAAGGUCAUGCACCUCAAAAUCCAUACGUUCCGCGGCGUUACGGACGGCGCUUUCGUCCACCCCGAGAUGUACACGCGCGUGGUCAACGGCGACUUUGCGCGCCGCUUCGGAGAGCGCGGACUCGCCGUCAUCAUUGGGGAAACGCCGCAGGAGGAGGUCAUGUACGGCGCGACCAACCCGCCGCGCUCGCUGAAUGACAUCGCCGUCCAGCUGGAGAACUAUUACAACCCCGCGGCGGCGCGCCAGCUCGUCGCGUGCUGGCCCCUCCCGUCCGCGCUGCAGGGCUUGAAACCCGACGAGCCGAUCACAGAGAAGGCACAGGUGGACGCGGUCAAGCGCAUGUUCGGGGACAUUGUCGCGCAUGGCCAAGUGUACGUGAGCGAGCGCGCGCUCGUCCGCUCCCUCCUGCAACACUGCCCGCCGGAGAACGUGCUGCGCUUCCGCCUGGCCUGGAAGCCCAAGUACUUCGCGGACAACGCCAUCUUCUCCGGCGUCGUCACGCACGCAGACGACCAGUGGGCGUGGUGGUACCUCUCGCGCUUCGGAUUCUCGGCGGAGGAGGAUAAGGUCAUCCGCGCUUGGCUCGCCCCGGUCGUGCCUUUCAUCGCGGGCGACUACAAGGCCGCCGCGGAACAGUGGUACGGCUUCGUCCCGAGCCAGAAGGACCAGACGCGCUUCCGCGAGUUGCGGGACGGCAAGAUCGCCGUCGUCGAGGACGAGCGCUGGGCCCGCUGCAUCGAGAUCGCGGAUCAGAUGAGCAAGUGA